UGAGGUUUUCUUUUGUCCUAAUGGAUGAUUGAAGAGCCAUUCAUUGCCCAGUCCUGACACUGCUUUUCUCCAUUGGGUCUCUGUGAGAGUCACAUGUUUCCGACAUCUUUGAAAAGAAUCUUCGGAGGCUUCAGCAUCUCAUUUGAGUCUCCUGAACCUCACCUAGAACUGUGUUGAAUUCUCAUCCAUCACAAUGAGCAACAGAUUCCUGGGCACCUGGAAGCUUGUCUCCAGUGAGAACUUCGAUGAAUACAUGAAAGCUCUGGGUGUGGGGUUAGCCACCAGAAAACUGGGAAAUUUGGCCAAACCCACUGUGAUCAUCAGCAAGAAAGGAGAUAUUAUAACCAUCAGAACUGAAAGUACCUUUAAAAAUACAGAGAUCUCCUUCAAGCUUGGCCAAGAAUUUGAAGAAACCACAGCUGACAAUAGGAAAACAAAGAGCGUUGUGACCUUGACAAGAGGCUCGUUGAAUCAAGUUCAGAAAUGGGAUGACAAAGAGACAACAAUAAAGAGGAAGUUGGUGGAUGGGAAAAUGGUAGCGGAAUGUAAGAUGAAGGAUGUGGUCUGCACCAGAAUUUACGAGAAGGUCUGAGAAAAUCCUCAUUGAAGUGAUAGUUGACCAUUUGAUGUUGGAAAUCAACUCCAUGUCAAGGCCUGACUUCACCACAGUCUGCUUGUUUGUUUUUGCUUUUGUCUUAAUAGAUCAGAUAGGCAAAGGCCUACACUGAGGAUUAAGCUAAAAUUCGGUGUUAUUUAAACAUUUUCAAUUUGCAUGCACAUCUUUACUCUAUUAAAGUAUGUAUAUUGGCCAGACCUAAAUA